AUGCCGGUUGAGCACAAUCUCUAUCCUUCUUCUGACGAGGAGUCUGCCUCUGAGACUUCCACCAGCCCUCGUCCUGGCGCACCCAAUACCUCCCAGCCUGCCAACAACCCAUUCGGGUCUGGUAUGGCUAGCAGCACCCAGGCCCAGGUUGUUCACAACCCGUUCGGUUCUGGCACCACCCAGACCAUCGCCAACCCAUUGGGCUCUGGCCUGAACAACCCUUUUGGUCCUGGCGCUGGGAACAACCCCCAGCCCGUCACCAACCUGUUCGGUUCUGGUUUGGCCAAUGGCAACCACACGGUUGUGAACCCUUUCGGUCGUGGCACGGGCAACAACCCCCAGACUAUCAACAACCCGUUCCAUUCUGGUUUGGCCAAUGGCACCCAGACGGUUGUGAAUCCUUUCGGUCGUGGCGCAGGGAACAACUCACAGCCCGUCAACAACCCGUUCCGUUCUGGUUUGGCCAAUGGCACCCAGACGGUUGUGAACCCUUUCGGUCGUGGCGCGGGCAACAACCCCCAACCCAUCAACAACCCGCUCCGUUCUGGUUUGGCCAAUGGCAACCAGACGGCUGUGAACCCUUUCGGUCAUGGCAACCCCCAACCCAUCAACAACCCGCUCCGUUCUGGUUUGGCCAAUGGCACCCAGACGGUUGUGAACCCUUUCGGUCCUGGCGCGGGGAACAACCCCCAGACCGUCACCAACCCUUUCCGCUCUGCCAUGGCCAAUACCACCCAGACCGUUGUGAACCCAUUCGGUUCUGGGCUUGGCCAAUCCCCUCUGACCAUUAAUCCUUUUGCUUCUGGCCUGGCCAAUGGCACCCAGAGCAACAACCCUUUCCGUGCCGCCGCCAACGUCGACGCCCCGCUGACCCCCAAUGGGGGAUUGACCAAUGGCCACAGCCACGGCCACGGCCACGAAUGGCGGGCUCCCCACCCAUCCGACUUCAACCCCCUCUACCGCCCACCCGAGGACGAGACCGACGGGGAGGGGGAUGAAGAGGAUGAGGAUGGGGAGGAAGACGAAGACGAAGACCUCGAUGAAGACGAGGAGGAAGACGAGGUCCCCAAUGGACCCGUGUCGGCCCUGGAGGCCGCGUUGGACGCCAUCUUGGCGGAUGGCAAUGAGGAAGAGGAGGAGGAGGGUGGCGCCGACGCCUCCAGCGACGGCGACGAGGACGCCGCCUACCCGGACGAGGGCCUCGUUGGACGCGGAGUGCAACGGGCAGGAGGAUGGCGCUGA